AUGGCUGGAAUCAAUCCCACAACCGCAGGCGACCUCGAGAGUGGCUGUGGUCUAUGCAACGUGCUGGCUCAUCAGCCGCGGAGGCUACGCGCAGGUACCAACGAACGCAUGCCCCCCGCGCCACUGAAGUUGAUUGAUGUGAACGCGAUGCGACUUGUUCAGCACGAAGGCGGGAAAACCUACGUUGCACUCUCCCACCGAUGGAACGCGAGAGAGAGGAAAGAAGUCGACAGAUUCUGGAGUGGUAAUGUCAUCACCGACAUCGAUUUCGACGCCUUGCCUGUCAAGUUUCAAAACGCAGCCAUAGUCACUCGAAGGCUCGGGAUGCAAUACCUCUGGAUCGAUGGUAUCUGUAUAGAUCAAGCCAACCCCGAAGAGCUGUUCCAGGAGUGCAGCCGAAUGGAGCUCAUCUUCAGCAAUGCAUUCUGUGUCAUUGCCGCUGUAUCAGACUCGAACAAUGAUGGCAACUUUCUUCCUUCUGCCGAGACUGGAACACCGUUGACUUUACCUGACGGGACUGAGGAGCCUUCGCUUCGAAUCGUGAACAAACGUGCAGACUUUGCUCAUGACGUGUUGGAUGCACCGUGGAACACGCGUGGAUGGACUUUUCAGGAGCGUGCUUUGGCAUGUCACUCGAUCUAUUUCACCAAACAGCAGACGUACUGGGAGUGUGAGAAUUCCAUCGUCUGCGAGAGUCAAGAAGCUCCUGUCACCCACGUCGACAUCUAUGCUCGUUCUGACUUUCCGGGCGAUCACGACUACUCGACCGGGCUCGUGAAAGAAACCUACAGACAGUAUUCACGCCGCAACCUCACCCACGAGGAAGACAUGCCCAUUGCCAUUCUAGGCCUCGAAUACAGACUGGCAUUGCACUACAAGAGCAUCAGCCUGUUCGGUGUCCUGCGCGCCCGUCUUCAUGAAACUCUGCUCUGGAAACGUGGAGCGGAACCUUUGACGAAAAUUGACUUCGAAAAUCCCAAACAGCCCGUUCCUUCUUGGUCUUGGAUGAGCCGCCAAGGACAAAUUGACUAUGUCGACCUCGCCCCAGGGUUCAGCGAGGAAAAAAUCGAACUUGACUAUAAAGAAGUGGAUGAAUACGCGAAAUAUAUCCAUGUUUCUCAGCAAAAGCAUUGCCAACUCGAGGCGAAACUCUGCAAAAAGCAGGGAUUUUCACUAGACGAUGCCAAUCACGAGGACGCGUGGAUUGGUGUCAGGGAUGACAACAAGAUUGUCGGCGCGUUGAGCUUCGACGGGUGCAGCUCCGACAGACGCAGCAGCCGGGGUGAUGUCGUCCACGCGGUGAUCAUUGCCUCGGCCACGGGCCUCCUCCCACGUCCAUCCAAGCCUGAAGAAAUCGAUCCAAAAGCAGGUGAUGGACCGCAACAUAUCACCCUGUUGGUGGAGGAGAUUGCUUGUAAGGAAGGUUGUGUCGUGGAGGAGGCGAGAUAUUACACCAGGAUAGGAUUGGGGAUAUUCCAAGCUUCCUGGUUGGAUUCGAAUGGUGACAACAUCUCUGGCAAACGGAUUCGGGUUAUCUAG